AUGAAAACCACUGACAGAACUAUGAAUAACUAUGUUUCUUAUGCGACUGAUUUCCCGGUUCAAAUUAGCUAUGGAAAAACAGAUAUUACGCAGUUAGUUGUCCCGCGAUCUACCGGCGAUACUUGUAGGAUGAAGUCAGUGGGCUUUGGUCAGUCGUUUGUCAGCUACUGUGAAUGGAUUAUCACUAGUGCUCAGUCAAUGGAUAGUUCAGAAAAAUACAUCAGCUGCAAUCGUCUGAGUGACGUUUUUCUUUCUUCUACUAAUUCUACAAUUCUGAGCAAAAAAACACCAACGGAUAUUGUAGGCAGCCCAUCAAAACUUGUUUGCUCACGUGUCCCAACGUUGGUGUAUAUCAAAAUUACAUAUGAAGUAAUCGGUUUAAUUACCGGGAUGGAAAUUUAUGCUACGAUUGGUGAUGUGCCCGAAGCAUUUAUGCAGAAAUAUGAAGUUGAAUUCGUUCAGGCAAAUGCUUCUGGUGAACUACCACUGAGUGGAAACCCAGGCUAUCUAAUUGGUCAUCCGAUAGUAGGAGCAAAAUUAAAUAAAACUGAUUUAAAAUCUCUUGGAUAUUCAGGAAGUACUGGUGCUGUGACGACUAUGAUACCUACUACUAAUAUCAAGCUUUCUAUCGAUGGAAAGAAGCGAAAACUAAGUAAUGGGGUAUGGAGUAUUCUUGCUGGUGGUCGGUGUGGAGAAAUUUUACAAGAUAGAGGUCUUUUAGUAGAACCAAUUAGAUUUGGUGAAGAUGUAUUUAGUGGAUGCACACUAAGUUUGUCAUCGUUUGAAAAACUGACAAGACCUGAAAUGGACUGGACAACACUUUGUGUACAAUACCAGAAUAUAAUAUGGCAAACUUUAUUGAACCCUCUUGGAGUUACAGCUGAAGAAAAUCGUAAAGGUCUUGGCAUCAAUUUUAUAUCAAGUAAACCCGACUCGAUAGCAAUAUGGCCGAUAUCAAAAACAAACCGUAGUUCGGAGUGGAUACCGAUACAAAAUUUAAUCUAUGAUUAUUUUCCUUUAAAGCCUAGAGGUUUGAAUGGAUAUUGUUAUCAGUUAUUGGUUGGUCAAGAUAUCGAAAUACAAUAUGCACGCUACGGUUCUAUGAAACUGCCACAAAAUCAAAUUGUAGGAGCUAGAAGUAAUUAUAUUUAUGGCGAUGUCUUUCUUAUGAAACCGAAUGUAAAUAUCGAGAUUACACAACGAGUCCGUUUUGUUGACGUGACACCGAUGGCAGAAACGCGGGAAAAAUUGCUUCCGUAUUUCCUUUUGCGAUUACCGAGUGACUUUUUCUACCCGUUUGCAUGA